AUGAAGAUCCCAGGAUUGAAGCUGUCGAAGGGCGAAAGCUACACGGACUCGUGGGGAAGCGAGGAUGAGAUCGAGCAGCCUCACCACCACCAGCACCCGAGCCUGGAGGGCAACGGCCAGCACCACCUGAGCCCGAGGAGCAGCAACAACGACCACCUCCCGCCGCAGUCGACGGUCCAGAGCUAUGGCAACAUCAAGAUGAAAUCGAAGAAUCUGAUGUGCCAUCUCAUCUCGCCUCGCUCCUACUCCAAGUUCCAGAAGGAGGAAGAGGAGCGAGAACGGCGCCAGAGGGUCGCCGCCUCGGGCACGCGAUGGGACCAAGAUGACGAGGAUUUCCACAGCCGGGCUCGCGUAGCGCCGGUUCAUCCCAACGACGCGACAACGCUCGACCAGGUCUGGCUUGGAUUCGAAGAGCAGACCGCCCCCUCGGAGGCCUACGUCGAACGGCGCAAGUACCAGCAGGCCGCCGCCAUCGACUACUACAUGAAGAACGGCCAGCAGAUCGGAGGCGAGGUCGAGACCCCCGAGGAGCUGGCCCGCAUGGCGGGACCCAAGGUCAUCCGAACGGCGGCCAACGGAGAUGCCGAGGCCAUCGGCGACGAGAACGAGCAGUGCCUCGAGUGGGUGCGAUACGAGCAGCGCCGGGGCGAGACGCGCUCGCGGUCCCUCAGCACGGGCAACAAGUACGACACCAACAGCAAGUACAUCGCCAAGCCCAUCAAGCACAAGAGCAGCAACAAGCACCACAAGAAGGGCGACGAGAGGCCGAUGCUCAGGUACUACUGA